AUGUCAGAUUGCUACUAUGUCCGACCUAUAGGGGCUGGCAGUACAUACAGGCUGUUGGACAGCAAUGCAGAUAUCCGGCCAAACCCAAAUCUACAGUUUAAAGUUGUCAUUGUGGGUGAUUCCGGUUGUGGUAAAACGUCCUUAUUCACUUCUUUCAUUCGAGGAUAUUUCCCGACAGAUUACGAACCAACGAUUUUUGAAAAUCACAGAGCUUUUGUGCAGAACCAGGGCAACGAAAUUCUUACAGUUGAUCUAUGGGAUACCGCUGGACAGGAAGAUUAUGAGAGAUUGAGAAGAUUGAGCUACCAGGAUGCAAAUUUGGUUAUUUUGGCGUAUUCCCUAGCAUCAACGGAAUCGCUGUUGAAUAUUCCUGAAGUCUGGGCCCCGGAGAUCAUCAACUUUUGUCCAAACGUGCCAAUCCUGUUGGUUGGGCUCAAAUCGGACCUUCCGGACCACAAAGUUGAUCCAUUUGAUGCUCUAAAAGUGGCUGAAAACAUCGGAGCUGUGGCACAUAUGCAGUGCUCAGCCAAGGAGAUGUACAAUGUGGGUCCACUUUUCGACACCUGCUUCAACAUCAUCUACAAUAUGAAGAUGCGGAAAACCAGGCGGAGAUCUAAUGGAAGUCUUUCACCCACAAAAAGAGCAUCUAAGCGGUUUAGUGGGCAUUUCAGAACUCACAGUAAGCAGAGCAGUAUUACUUUAAGUUUGAGUUCCAUCACUGAAAAUCGCCGCAAGAAGAAAUUGGAGCGUGAGGAGGAAAGAGAGAAGAUGGAUACUGUAUUGCAAGAAAAUCAGCCUAAUCUUCCACCUCCUGUUGAUGAGAACAUUCCACCUGUUCGCAAUUCGUAUGACAAUGCUUAUUCCGAUGCUGGUAAUCGCCUUAGUUACAGCCAGGCAAGCAAUAAUGACUAUAAUGAUCAAAGUGAUUAUAAUGGUCAGAGUGCUUAUAAUGGUAAUUAUAACAGUCAGAAUGCUUAUAAUGGUCAGAAUGCUUAUAAUGGUCAGAAUAAUGUUCGGAAUAGCUAUAAUGCCCAGAAUAAUGUUCGGAAUAGCUACAAUGCCCAGAAUAACCAAGUUAAGGCCCAAGUUUCUUACAAUAAUAAGACGUCUGCUGUUAAUAAUCACACUACCUCGACCACGAGCAGAAAGCAAGCAGCCAACAGCUACAACCGUAAUGAUAAUUAUCAGAUAGCACAGCCGAACUUUGGGUAUGAUAACAACUACACCGAGCAAGAGGAGAAAAGCAAGUGUUGUGUGAUUAUGUAA